AUGAUUCCUCUCCAGACACGCUUGCGCAAUGCCAUUCAAGUUCAUCGUCCCACCGAACAAGCAGAAUUAGAAGGAUCAGGACUCAAUUAUGGAAAAUGGUCCAACAUCGACCUCGAACCCACUCCUCCCUCGCAACGCAACUGGUCUCCCUGGUACUACUUCGCCUUCCAAUUCAGCAUCGCCUUCUCCCCGACCACCUACAACAUCGGCUCCACCCUCUUCUCCAUCGGCCUGACCUGGUGGCACAUCAUCCUCGCCGCCUUUGUCGGAACUCUGCUCUGCUGCAUCAUCCUCUACACCAACGCGCGCGGCCCCCUCUUCUACCACAUCGGAUUCCCCGUGUACGCGCGAAUUUCCGCCGGAAUUUACGGCUCCCUCUUCUUCGUUCGAUUGAUGGAUGUCGCUCUGCGAUGUGUCUUUGGACAUCAAUGGACCGAUAUCCCCAAUCACUUACCCCCCUCUGCAGGGAUUUCGACGUCGCAAAUGGUAGCGUUUUUUCUCACAUGGUUGCUGCAAUUUCCGUUUGCGUGGCUCCAUCCGAGUAAAGCCGGGCCGCUGUUUGUGGUGAAAUCGGUCUUGUCGCCAACAGCGUACAUUGCCACGAUGAUUUGGGCGUUGGUGAAAUUUGGAGGUGUCAAUCUCAAUUUGGGAAAGGGAAAGACGACGACGGGCGGCGCGGCGUUGGGUUGGUCGUUUAUGAAAGCGAUUAAUACCGUCGUUUCGGGCGUGGUGCCGCCUAUGGUGAAUAUUGCGGAUUUGGCUCGCUAUGGUCAGCGGCCGAGUGAUGUGAUUCCCUUGACGAUUGGUCUGUUUCUCAGUAAACCCGGAGUCAUCAUUCUAGGCCUCUUCACGACUGCCGCCGGAGCAAAGCAUUUUGGAGUGGCGAAUUGGAAUCUAUGGGACUUUUAUAGUCUGGUAUUGGACGAAUUCUGGUCCCCCUCAGCCCGAACCCUCAUCUUCCUCGCCUCCCUCAUCCAAUCCUUCUCAACAAUCGUCACCAACAUCUCCAGCAACGCCAUCCCCGUCGGCUGCGACCUCUCCGGUCUCUUCCCCCAAUACUUCACCAUCACGCGCGGGAUGAUUCUCUGCCAUUUACUCUGCUGGCCCAUUGUCCCCUGGCUCCUCGUCAAUUCCGCCCAAAAUUUUCUCACAUUUUUGGGCUCCUAUCUCUGCUUCAUUACGCCCGUCGUGGCAAUUAUGCUCGUGGAUUAUUUCUUCGCGAGAAAAGGGAAUGUGCAUAUUCCGUCUGUGUAUCGAGCGGAAAAGGGUUGUCCGUAUUAUUACACAUAUGGGGUGAAUUUUCGGGCCUAUGCAGCGUGGAUGGUGGGUGUGGGGUUGGUGAUUUCGGGAAUUCGAGGCGCGAUUGAACCGGGGAGCAUUAGUGAUGUGGUGGUGAAUAUUUAUAAUUGUGGAUUUGUGCUGUCGUUUACGGCGGCGGGAGUCACGUAUUAUGUGCUGUGUCGAAUUUGGCCGGUGCAGAUUUUACCGAGAGGAGGGGAAGAAGAAGAAGAAGAGGAGGAGAAGAGUCUACGGCGGGAAUAUAUGGUGCAUACAGAGGGGUUUUUGGUGGAUGAUGUGCCUUUGCCCGGGUAUAUCAAGGAUAAGAUGGUGUUGGUGGGAGAGGAAGUUGUUGCUGCUGCUGCUGAUUCUUCGCCGGUUCAAGAGGUUGAUGGGCACUUGAAAGAGAAGUUUUGA